UCUAAAGGCACAUGAAUUUUAUCUUCACCAUAGCUUUUCCAAACUCUACCAGCUAAUUGGCUUGGUGGCUGACGAUUCUACGUCUAUGUCUCUCUCGCCCACCGCCAUACGAUCUGGAACAUUGUCUUCUCUCUCUACCUAUGUCUCAAAAUCACCACUGCCGACCGCUCAAUAUCCAUGACGCAAGUACCCAACACUGUCGCCUUCGCGGCAGUGAGCCAUGGGCGCAGCACUCAGCGGGAGAGGCGUGCAUUCCUCCUGGCAAGGCUGAAGGCACAGAGGCAAUCGGAAGUGGGAUUGUGACCCUGGUGGACUCCCAAAUUUCCCUGGAAUAACGAACCCCAGCAGGCAUCUGCCAAUGACAGCCACGUUGCCAGCGGUCCCAGGUAAGCACUAAUGCUCGACGCCGCCCCGUGGCAGUGUGGGUGCCAAGGACGAGUGCGACAGACUGCCCAGUGUCGCACCUAUUCGCACCAAAUCAGCCCAAUUUUUCCCGUGCCGAAUACCAGACUACCAGUUGAAACCCCCAUAAUUCGGUGUACGGGGAUGAUGGAUCAGCAACUUGGAGGGGGGCCGGGCCACUGGGGUUCACCCGUUCACCACUCAAGAGAGUCGAGAUUGACUGGAGGAUCAGGGGUAUGGAAGGGCAAUAAUCAAUCCCGUCACCUCGAGCGGAUCCCCGAAUCCUACGGAUAUCAGGUGUCUGGUCCCAAUGCUACCCUCCCUUGUCUUGCAGAAAAGCAUCGAGACAAUUGGGACAUGUUCUUCUCGCGCUCCUUCCCGCUCGCGCCACACUUUCGUCUCUAAUCAUCUUUCUUUCUCUCGACUUUCGUCCGUGAUCGUCACUUGGGGGAUGAGUUGAUCUCGCGUCUGAAGGAUUUUCUCUCGUUUGUGGCACGGAUACUCACUCCUCAGGGCGGCGACCUUCAUUACACGCCGUAGUCUGCGCGCAUCGACCAGGUUGAGAAGCGGCGAGUCGAUCGCGGGACAACACCGAGGAUCAUCGCGACGUUCACAUUCACAGCGAAUUCUUCGAUCAUAGCCAUCAUGGUAUCGCGAUCAUGGCUGGCGGCGUUCCUCGCCGUUGGACAGCUUUCUUGUAUCUGUAGCGCACAAGUGGAUGUCCCCUCAGUCAACAACUUUCGCAGAAGAGUCUUUGCUCGAGCGUCGGUCAUUGGAAAUUGGGUCUAUUACGAUGGAGGUGAAGUUUCACAGGUCAUCGGCGGGUUGAGUCCCCAGUCACAAUGGCGGCCCUCCAACCCGACAAACACGACGCUCUCAAUCGACCUCACCAAAUCAUGGACGCCAGAGGACGUGGAAAUCAAGGAGACCUCCAAAUCGGCUCCCAAAAUGAUGAGGCAGGCCAUCUUCACCGACAACUCGUCCGACUCCUUUUACAUCUGGGGCGGCUUCACCUCCUACGGCGCCAAAAUCCCAGACGCGAAACUCUGGCACUUCACCCCGGACGGCAGCGGCGGCGGCCAAUGGGGCACCGUCCUCCCGCACGGCAACACCGCCUUCACGGCCCUCACCCGCUCGCAGGGCGGCGCCUUCGUCAGCACCAAGGACUCUGGGUUCUACUUUGGCGGCUUCUCCGAUUCCGGGUCCGACCCGAACCCCAACGGCCCCGUGCCGGGCUUUUUGCAGUUCAAUUACACGGCGACGGACACGGCGUGGACGAACAACUCGGAUAGCGUGCCCUACUCCGACUACGGCACUCUUGUCGGCGCCACGGCGCACUACGCGCCGUACGGGCCGAACGGUCUGAUUAUGAUCUUUGGCGGAGGGUCGCAUGUCAUUGGGACCGGCCAGAGCGUGGAUAACGUCGGCUAUCUCAGCUUCAGCACGAUUUACUUCAUGGAUCCCGUCACCAAGGUGUGGUACACCCAACAGACGAGCGGCAACGCACCCGGACCGCGCAUGUGGCACUGCACCGUCGGAGCCCAGGGUCCCAACAACACAUACGAGAUCUUCAUGUACGGCGGCAGCAACAUCGCCAACAAGGAAACUUUCGACGAGGUCUACAUCCUCUCGCUCCCCGGCUUCGUCUGGCAAAAGGCAAACUACACCUCUGCGGCGCCGCGCGACACGCAGUCGUGCGUCGUUGCCGGCCAGCGCCAGAUGAUCACGUUCGGCGGCGUCAACAGGAUGGCCAACAACGCCAACUCGACCCUCUUCUUCAACGAGGAAGAUUCCUUCCGCCAGGGCGUCGGCGUCUUCGACCUCACGGCGCUGGCGUGGAAGGACGCGUACGAGCCCGCGGCCGCCGCGUACGAUUCCCCCGACGUCGUCAAGGCUUGGUACAAUGAGGGUAACCUCGCCAGCGUCCAGUACGGCUCGGGCGUCGAAGCUCUCAUGAACUACGGCAAAUCAGGCUCGAGCUCAGGCUCAGGUUCAGGUUCAGGUUCCGGCUCCGGCUCCGACGGCUCCAGCUCCGACUCGAAAUCCUCCAACACGGGCGCCAUCGCCGGCGGCGUAGUCGGCGGUGUAGCGGGCGUCGCCCUCAUCGGCCUAGCCGCAUUCUUCCUCGUGAGGCGGCGGAAGCACAAGAAGGUCCCGACAGAAGAAACCGGUCCCAACGCCGUCGAAGCCCCGGGCUCGGCCGCCUACUAUGAUAACAACAACAACAACCACAAUGCCGGAAUGCAGCAGCACCAGCAGACGGCCUACUCGCCCGGCCCGGCCCCGUCCAUGACGACGGCGCCGUCGGAGCUACAGGGGGAGUACAGGGACCACUCGCCGUUUUCGGGCAGCGACGUGCCGCCCAAGAUGGUGCAGCCUCCCGAGAUGGAUGCAGGGGAGCCGCGGCACUAUUACGCGGCGGAGCUGGACGGGACGGAGGCGCGGAAGUGAGGCUUGGGUAGCCCUGAGGGAAUGGCUGACUGAAUGUUUUGGGUAUCCUUCGAGGGGAGGAAAGGUAGCCGGACUGGAAGAAGUAUAAUUCAUGAUGAGAUGUGGAAAAGUUCAAGGCCAAAGUAAUGUUUCUAGGAAAAUAUAGACUGUAUAGUAUACACUGUCGAUAAUACCC